UUUGGUUUGCUGGCUGCAGCGUAAGCAGAGGACGGUGGUUCUGGCGGCACGGGACGGCGAGGCCGGCCGUUCUGAGAAGCUAAGCAGCUGCGGGGGCUUCGAAAGCGGAUCUCCCACGGAGGGGUGAUAAUCCCACGGCGCUCCUCUGCUGGUAAAUAACAUGUAAAAGGAGUUUAAAUGACAGCAAAAGAAACCACUCCUGAUGAAGCAGGAGCUGUUAGUGUCCCUUACGGACAUGUGAUUGGAAAUGAGAAAUGGAGAGGGUCACAGAUAGCUCAAGGAUUACAAGGGAAAAUUAAGCUAAUUCUUGAAGAUGGCUUAGGACUUGUGGAUUUUCAUCUUUCAAACAGAUUUUGCAUUUUGUAUAUUUCGGAAGCAGAUUUGGUGGCAGGAAGUAGCUUCAAAAGACGUCUUGUUCGGUUUAGAAAUGCCAGCAGUCUUCAUGGGAUUGUGAUAGUUGAAAAAACCCAGAUAAGUGAUCAAUACUUUCCAGCAGUGCAGAAGUUUAUUGUGCUAGAACUUGGAAUGACAUUGCUUCCGGUGGCCAAUCAGGGAGAAGCAUCUCAACUUAUUAUUCAGCUAGUCCAUGAGCAAAGUAAGGAUCACACUAGUAACCCCUUUCUUCAUAAAAAAUGUUCCCAGCUAGUGGAGGCAUCAAUACUUCGGACAGUCCAGCAGAUUCCAGGAGUUGGGAAAACAAAAGCUCUGCUUCUACUACAGCAAUUUGUAAGCAUCCACCAGCUUUGCAAUGCAUCUGUCCAGGACCUCGAGCUAGUAGUAGGACAAACAAUAGCACAACAAAUUCAUGCUUUCUUUACACAGACAAAGUGACAUUCGCUCAUUAAUAUCUCAGACAAACAUGAGGGUUUUCUCCUUUGGAAGUGGAGAGUAAUCUUUGAGUCCUAUUCUAGGUGGAAUUGAUUUAUAUUUUUAAAGAACAAUUCAAGGAUGGACUCCAUUUCCACUUAGUGUCUAUGCUGAAGGCAUCCUUGUCACGCCCAAUCAGCAACUAAAAAGAGAUGAGCAGGGAUCUUGAGAUUUCAGCCCUCUACUUAUGUUACAGCUUCACACACACAACAUAUUCUGUCUUCUCCCCACCCCCAAACUCUGCUUGCAUUGCCAAAUCUUCAGCAGACAUACGUGGAUGUAGCUGCAUUUAAACCAUGUUGUGAUCUGGCCCCUUAUAUUUCAUGUUCUGAGUGCAGUUUCAUGGUGGUUGUCAGGGAAUUAUUUGAGUUUCUCAUUGUGCAUGAACACUUGAGUUGUGUGCUAUUCCCUUGUGUCUGCGCUGUUGUUUUUUUU